UUCUUUCCUAGUUUCUUGCCCCAGAGAACCCUGAUCUUCCAAAUUUUAAUCUGUAAUUUAACUCGAUUCUAUUUGUUUUUCUUAAUUCUAUUCUACAAUCGAUUCUUUUUCGUAAAAAUUUUAAAUUUUUUUGGGUUUAAUUUUGCCAAAGAAAAAGCUGAAGGGUUCAUUUGUAAUCCUUUUUAUCUGUUUUUGUUCCCAUUUGGUUUGUUACCAAAUCAGUUCCCAUAAUUUCAAGAAAAUCUCAUUGCCUUUUCUUGUUCAGCGACGCCAAAUGACUGGAAUCAUAAUCGGAGCCAUUUUUGUUUCGAUUUAAAGUUCGUCUCUUUCUGGGUUGUUGUGAAAGCUUAUAGCUUUUCUCAAUUCCAGCUUGAAACUGAGCGUGGAGGGUCUCGUAACCUGAAAUUCGUGAACUUGGGCUGGUUCCUUUUAUGAGGGGGUUUCCCAAAUUCUGUCUUGGUAAAGAAGGGGAAGAUAGAGAAGAAGCAAAGGAAGGAACUGCCAAGGGUUAUGCUUAAAGGAGAAUUUGGAGAGACAGUACUUUUGUAGUUUUGGGUGCUUGCUAUUUUAAUUUCUUGGGUUUUUGGGAUUAUGACGAAAAGUGGUGAUGGGCAACAGAGAACUCAAGGUGGUGGUGUUGUUUCAAGAUCCGCUCGGAGCUCAUUUCGUGCAAUUUCUAGCUACCUGCGGAUAGUCUCAUCUGGGGCGUCAACUGCUGCGCGCUCUGCUGUGUCAGUGGCAUCUUCCAUUGUGGAUAGAGCUGAUGAUUCUGGACAUGAUCAGGUGCAUUGGGCUGGAUUUGACAAGUUAGAGGAUGAGGUGGAUGUUGUUCGGCGAGUUCUUCUGCUGGGAUAUCGGUCUGGAUUCCAGGUCUGGGACAUUGAAGAAGCAGAUAAUGUUCAUGAUUUAGUUUCCAGACAUGAUGGCCCUGUUUCAUUUAUGCAAAUGCUACCAAAGCCAAUAGCAUCGAAGAGACCAGGAGACAAGUUUGCAAGCAGCCGCCCCCUUCUUGUUGUUUGUACUGAUGGGUCCUUUUCAGGUGGUACCAACCUGCAGGAUGGAUUAGUUACUGCCUCAAAUGGAAGCAUGCCACACUACCAUGACCCUGGGAGUGGUACUUUUGUGCCUACUGUCGUCCGAUUUUAUUCCUUGAAAUCUCAAUCUUAUGUACAUAUGUUAAAGUUUAGAUCACUUGUUUAUUCUGUAAGGUGCAGUUCUCGAGUUGUUGCUAUAUCUCAAGCAACUCAGAUUCACUGCCUUGAUGUCACAACCCUAGAGAGGGAAUAUACCAUUCUUACAAAUCCUAUAGCUGUGGGCUAUCCUGGUUCAGGAGGUAUAGGCUAUGGACCUCUUGCAGUUGGUCCCAGGUGGCUAGCUUAUAGUGGAAGUCCAGUUGCAGUCUCCAAUUUUGGUCGUGUUAGCCCUGAACAUCUUACACCUUCUGCUAGUUUCCCUGGUUUUUCUUCUAAUGGGAGCCUGGUUGCACAUUAUGCAAAAGAAUCAAGUAAGCAACUUGCUGCUGGUAUUGUGACACUGGGAGACAUAGGAUAUAAGAAGCUUUCGAAAUACUACUCCGAGCUUCUACCUGAUUCCCAUAAUUCUUUGCAAUCAGGAAGCCCUGGCUGGAAAGAAAAUGGAACUGUUAACGGUCAUUUGCUAGAUCCUGAUAAUAUUGGAAUGGUAAUUGUCAGAGAUAUUGUCAGCAAAGUUGUCAUUGCUCAGUUUAGGGCGCACAAGAGUCCUAUUUCAGCAUUAUGCUUUGAUCCCACUGGGAUGCUUCUAGUGACUGCUUCGGUUCAGGGGCAUAACAUUAAUGUUUUCAAGAUAAUGCCCGGUCUUCAAGGAAGCUCUGACGCUAGUGGAUCAUUUAUACAUCUUUACAGGCUGCAGCGUGGUUUUACUAAUGCUGUAAUACAGGAUAUUAGUUUCAGUGAUGAUAGCAGCUUGAUUAUGAUUAGUUCCUCAAGGGGGACAAGCCAUUUGUUUGCCAUCAAUCCUUUGGGAGGAUCUGUAAAUUUUCAGUCAAGUGAUCCAAAAUUUAGCCCUAAACAUAGUGCUGUUGGUGUCACAACUAAGCCACAAGUUCGUUGGCCACCUAAUUUAGGUGCACAAACACCCAAUCAACAGAGAUUUUGUGCAACUGGACCUCCCAUUACACUUUCUGUUGUUAGCAGAAUACGGAAUGGGAAUAAUGGAUGGAGAGGCACUGUAAGCGGUGCAGCAGCAGCUGCCACUGGAAGGAUGGGUUCCCUUUCAGGGGCGAUUGCUUCCUCUUUCUAUAACUGCAAAGGCAACAGUAAUUCAUUAGGUGAUCGCAGCUCUUCGAAGACAAAAUACCUUCUGGUUUUCUCUCCAUCUGGAUGUGUGAUUCAAUAUGCACUGCAAAUAUCAGAUGACCAUGGUUCAACUCCUGUUAUCUCUGGAUUAAACACUGCUUAUGAAUCGACUACAGAAUCUGAUGGAAGGUUGAUAGUUCAGGCAGUCCAGAAGUGGAAUAUAUGUCAGAAACACAGUCGAAGAGAAUGGGAAGAUAACAUUGACAUAUAUGGUGAAAAUGGAACUUCAGACAGCAAUAAGAUAUAUCCUGAAGAGAUAAAUGCAGGAAAUGUUUAUGCUGAUGCUAGGAAUACAGUUGCCAAGGAAAAGAAUAAUAUUGAGGAAAAACAUCAUUUGUUUAUUUCUGAAGCUGAACUACAGAUGCAUCAAGCUCAAAUGCCAUUGUGGGCUAAACCAGAGGUAUACUUUCAAUCCAUGGUCACGGAGGGCAUUAAAAUGCCUGAAGAAGAUGCUUUUGGUGGGGAAAUUGAAAUUGAAAGGUUUCCAACUCGCAUGAUUGAAGCAAGGUCAAAAGAUUUGAUUCCAAUUUUUGACAAUCUUCAAACUACCAAAUUCCUGCAAGCAAGGGUUCCUGCAGUAGAUCGUAAUAGUAAUGGUAAUUGGCAGCUGCCACAUCAGAGCUCCAGGCUGUCUGAAAAUGGUCAACUUUCAUACCAAAGCAGCUCUGGCUCUCUUGAUUCAAUGAUUGAAAAUGGUGCUACUGUUGCUGAACUUCACAGUGGGAUGGAAGAAACUGGGUUGGACAGCCCUCUAAUGCGAAUAGAAUCCAAUGGCUAUGUAAAUAUGAAUGACAGCCCUAGAACAAAAACUCGGCUUGAGAAUGUAAAUAACACACAGAGCUUGCAAAUGGAGGCUCAUCUAAAGUAUUUGAACAAUAACAAUGAAGGCCAGAAAAUGGAGAAUCAUUUUGAAAAUGAAGGCGACGAGUUUGAUUAGAGACGUUGAGACAUUCCUUUAUUCUCCAAGAUGGCUCUGAGAAUGUUAAUGCUGUGGGGCAAUGUAGACAAGAACUGAGGCAUAGGGGGCUUAACUAAAGAGCGGAACUAUGGUACAAAUGUUGUUCUUGUAAAUAACAGACGGUAUAUAAUAUUGGCAAUAAUCAGAUGAUAUAUAUGUGUAAAUAAUCUUUGUUAUCCCUUUUAAUUUAUCAAUUCUAAAAAGUUCAUU